GGUUGGAGCUGCAUUUAACGAAUUUAUCUGUCUGUCUCGAAUUAUGAAUAUGCUCUGCUCUUUCAGAAGUAUUUUCUGUCAGAUUUAAACAUUUUCUGUAUUAACACCAAGUAAAACAACAGAAGAGGACUCGAACGUCGGAAAUAAAUAGAUAAAUUGUACUACUUUGACCAAAUAGCAGUAUGAGUACUCCGUCAGGUCGGAAGAGCCCCGUGGACUACGGGGUUCAGAUCCGCUUCAUCAACGACUCAGGAGGGGGGCUCCCCUCGACCCAGCUGAGAUCCAAGCCCCCCUCCACCUCUAAGUACGGGGUGGCUGUCAGGGUCCAGGGCAUCGCUGGACAACCCUAUGUGGUUAUGAAGGACGGGGGCCCAAAGGGAGAUUCGUAUGGGGUGCAGCUCCGUACCCACUACCCCCCAGGUUACGGCAGUCUGCACCGCAGGAGAGACCGAGAGGAGGGAGGGGGAGAGGGAGGAGGAGGGCAGGGAGGGGAGUUACGCAGGGCACAGUCACAUGGUUCAUUACUGGAGAGUGAGGGGGGAGGAGGAUUUGGGAGACCACCAGGGGAUGGGAGGUCUGGUAGCUAUGGGAACCUGGAUGGAGGGAUUGGGGUCGCGGAAGAGAGAACGUAUAGAGGAGGGGUGAGGGAGGGGGGUAUGGGGAGGAAUAUAAUGUGUGGGUCGUAUCAGUCCGGGCUCAAUGGGUCACUGGGGAGGGGAGGGGGGAGUCAGUAUGCCCCUGACCUCCAUCCUUCCCAAACAGAUCAGCCCCCCUGACCAUGGCACACCCCAACCCCCAGAGCCUUCCUUACCCAACACACCCCCACCCUCAGAGCCUUCCUUACCCAGCACAGCCCCACCCCCAGACCCCCGUCAACAGACUGAUCAGCAGGUUUGACGGCAGCAGCAGUACCAGAGAACAACAGAGGGGGCGCUCUCCUGUAGCAGAGGACCCUAGAGACACCAUCAACUCUUCCCAUGCCCCCAACCCCUACUCCUCCUCUUCACCAUCUCUCACCCCCAACCCCUACUCCUCUCCUUCACCCUCUCUCACCCCCAACCCCUACUCCUCCCCUCCCUCCUCCACUCACAGCAGCCUGGGGUGGGGCCAAGGCUCCGUUAGCAAGACAACGCCCCACCCAGUCAAUCAGCGGGCUCUGCCGGGGAGGUUUGUCGCUGUGGAGAUGCCGUCAGCCAAUCAGACAGACUCGCUGGUGACCCCUGACCUUCUGCUUCAGAGUUCAGAGGUCACCAGUGAGGAGGAGCAGGUCAUGCAGACCAUCUACAGUGUCCUCAGAGAAGGGACCAGUGAGAGUGACUCAGUCAUCAGACACAAAGUCAGGGUGAUCUUCCAGAAGAUCCAGGGACUCAAGUCCAGUGAGAGUUCUGGUGAGGAGUGGAAGAGAGAAAAGAGGGAUCUGGAGAGGAAGAUGAUGGAGCUACAGACCUCUCUACAGGAGGAGAGGAGGGGCUCUGUGGGCAGCUCUGACCCUGUGUUAAAGGCAGAGCUGGAUUCAUGUCUGGAUGAGAACAUGCAGCUCCAGGAGACUGUGGACAGGAAGAAGACUGAACUACACCAGACACACUCUGAGCUGAGUCAGUUGCGUAUGGAGAGAGAGAGUGCUGAGUCCAGAGUCAGAGAGAUGGAGGACCGACUGGGCGAGCUACAGGAGGAGCUGAGGACAGAGAACGGCAACAAGACGGACCUGGUGACGUGUCAAGCGUCUCUGUUGGAGGUGUCCAUGUUGAAGCAGAAGCUGGAGGAUUCUCUGAGACAGAGAGAGAGGGAGCUGACGGCCCUGAAGGGAGCUCUGAAGGACGAGGUGGCCACGCACGACAAAGACAUGGAGACACUUCGAGAACAGUACAGCACUGACAUGGAGAGACUGAGGAGUACAGUGGAGCAGGUCUCACAGUCUCAGGCGGGUAUCGAGUCAGAGCGGUUGCGUGUGAAUGCGUCGGUGCGUACUCUACAGCAGCAGCUGGAAGACUGCAGGGACGAGAGUGGCCACUGGAUGACGCAGUUCCACAAUACUAGAGAUGAACUACGGACCACCAAACAGGAGAUGCUGCAGGCUCGUCUGGAGAAAGAGGAGCUUGAGGAAGAACUGAAUGAAGUACAGGAGAGGGUCAACACCAUGAAACAGCAGAUACCAGACCCCAGUCAUACACACACACUCAACCAGGAGCUGCAGAGUUUGCGUGCCGAUCUGCAGCAGGCCCAAUCAGAGGCAGAGAAGAAAAGGGCAGAGCUCGAUAAAAAGGUUAUGGAGGUAAUCUCCCUGAAGAAGGCCAACCAGGAGCAGGAGGCGGAGCUCAAGUAUGAGAUGGACAGGCUGAGGGGCCAAUCAAAUCGAGCCAAAGAGGAUCUGGCCAAGGCCCAGGAGAGAACCAAACAGCUCCCUGACCCGUCGGUCGUGUCUGGCCUGCAGUCAGAGUUGACUGAUGCUCGUGGGGAGAGAGACCGACUGAGAGAGAAACUCUCCAGCACUGAGCAGGAGCUGCAGUCAAACACAGAGCGGCUGGCCAGAACCCAGACAGAACUAAACGCUCUCAGAGACUCACAGCAGGAGCAGGAGGCAGCUAACACACGCCUCCGAGAGAAACUCUCACGCCUGGAGUCUCAGCUGGCUUCCAGUGCAUCAGAGAGUUCGGAGGCAGAGCUGUCCCUCCAGGCGGAGUUGAGGGGGUUGAGGCAGGAUCUUGACGAGGCCAGGAGAGAAACCUCUCGGCUGGGUCAGGACCACCGGCAGCUCAGUCUGCGUCUGGAGGACAGGGAGAAGGAGAGGGACCAGCUCACACAGACCAACACACAGCUGGAGGAACAGAGGAGACAGCAGGAGCGGUCCCUGGACAAACUCAAUAAGGAGUUUGAGUCUCUGUCCCAGUCGUCUGGUGAGGAGGUGCAGGUUCUCAGGGCCCAGCUGGAGGAACAGAGAGAGAGAUCUCGCAGGGAGACACAGGAGGCCCAGAGGCAGGGCAAUGACACACUGGUAGAACUGGAGAGGAGCCAGACUUCCCACAAGAUGCUGGAGGAGGAGGCGUCCCGUCAGAAGAAGGAGCUGCUCUCUGUGGUUGAGGAGCGAGACAAUGUUCAACUGGACAAGGAGCUGCUCACCAACCGCCUGCACCACCUAGAGGCUGAACUGGAGAACAGCAGGAGCAGCCUCACAGACAAGAGCAGGGAGCUCCGCAGCACGGAGGACAAGAUGAAACGACUGGAGCUGGAGCUGGAGGAGGAGAAGGGAUCUGUGGAGCUACUCACUGACAGAGUCACCAGGACCAGAGACCAGAUGGAGCAGCUGCGUUCAGAGCUGAUGCAGGAGAGAUCCUCCAGACAGGACCUGGAGCUGGACAAGAAUGCCCUAGAAAGACAUUUGAAGGAGUUGAAGACCAGAGUAUCUGAUAUGGAGGGUCAGUCUCGCUCCUCUGUAGGAGUGGCUCAGCUGGAGAGUAAAGUUCACGAGUUGGAGGAACGCCUCCACAGCGAGGAUAGGGAGAAGAACUCCAUGUUGUCGUCUCAGCGUCGCCUGGAGAAGAAACUGAAGGAGCUCAACUUUACCCUGGAGGAAGAGAGACACCAACACACAGAACAGAGAGACCAGCUGUCUCUGCGUGUGAAGGCUCUGAAGAGACAGGUGGAUGAGGGGGAGACCGAGGUAGAGAGGAUGGAGGGAUUGAGGAGGAAGUCCCAGAGAGAGAUGGAGGAACAGAUGGAACUAAAGGAGGCCUUACAGGGCAGAGUCACCGCGCUGGAGACUGAGCUCAAGAGGAAGGUGCAGCAGGCGCAGCGUCAGGCCCUGGACUCGUCGGCUCUGAGCUCUGACGAAGAUGAUGAAGGCCUGUACAACCCCUCCAGCAUCACGUCCAUCCUCACUGGGAGCAACCUUCACACCAGCUCCUGCUAGAGGGAGGGGUAGUGGCAACCUUCACACCAGCUCCUGCUAGAGGGAGGGGUAGUGUUGUGGUAGGAAGAGGAGGAGAACAAGGGCUAUUCUGAGCACUAUAGAGGAGGGAAGGAGGGUGGUGGAUUAAAGGGAGUAUUUUAAGCACUACAGGGUUGGAGGGAGGGUAGUAGAGGGAGAGAGUUAUUCUAAGCACUACAGAUAGACAUCUACUGUACACACAGGUACAGUACACUGGGACAGGUCUAUAGACCUGCUAUAAAAACACUGUAUAAAGGAGGGAGAGGGGGAUCACGGGUUCAGGUAGAGAGAGAGGGAUCACGGGUUCAGGGAGAAGGAGAGGAUGAGGAGGAUGACUCACUACGCUGGACAGUAGACUCCUAGUGGUACUGAAGAGGAGGAUUCCAGGAGGAAUACAAGACAAUAAACAUGAAUACAGUAACAGAACACUAACACAUUCUGAGAAGAACAGGCAGGAUGACUCACUGUCUAAAGCACUUACAAUCACUUACAGGACUAAACGGCAAUACACUGUUGCAGUCUUCAAUUUCAUCAUUACUCUAUGGUAUGCUAUGAUACUGUAAUUAGUAUGGUGCUCUUUAAUACACAGAAUUACGCUGUGGUACUGUUUAAUACGGUCCUUAUUAUGGUUCUUUUCAAUACUCUAUUACUCUUAGUGAAAAGGAGUUUGGUCACAUGAUUACACUGACUGAAUAGUGAUAGAAGCAACCACACCAACAUGUACUGUGACUAUUUAACACUGUAGCUGGUUAAUGUCUGCUUUCACAGGGUGAACAGUGUUUCAUCUGAUCCUACUGGUGCCCUGUCACACAGACCUGAUGCACAGCAAACACUUCCAUCCAGUCCUUCAUGGAGAUCUGAUAUGCAAGUGUACUUUUUAAAACACGGUUGGACCAAAUGCUGCCAGAUAUGAGAAUGAUGAACAAAUGUAGAUGAUAGUUUUUCUAAUUCAUGAAAUCAACAAUAUUCUGCUGAAUGUGAUAUCAUAGUUAUCAUUGUUUUAGAAACCAUAUCUGACAGUUUGAUUCCUAUUCUGCUGUAUGUUCUACUACUUGACUGCCUGCCACUACAGAUGCAUGUAUGGAGUUUGCUCUGAUACCAAUCCUCUCUCACCAUUUCUUCACACACACUUUACACAUUGUAUUUGUAGCAUCUGUGCACAACUUCUAUGCAGUCCUUACAAUUAAUACUCAGAGAAGCUUGUGAAGAUCUUAAUCACUAUGCCUUAAAAGUGUACUCUGGAUACAUUUUUCUAAUUGAUUUGUUUCUAUUUAAUUAGUUUUGGGGGAGAUCUGAGGGCUUGUAUUUUCAUUCAGUGAUACAGUAGUUACCACUGUAAGUGAAAUUGCUGCAAUGUUCAUAUGUCUUCCAACUGUUCAGUUGGCUUGAAAUAUUUUGUAUAGAAUAUGGUGCUCUAGUGUGUCUUAUACCCUACACAUACAGUACUUAGUGUUUAGUAUAUAUGAAGCACUAGACUACCAUACUGUAUGGCUUUGUUGUAACUGAGUACAGAAGGUGGUACAUGAUUACUGAUUAGUCAUUUUACGCUGUGAAUUUGUACUUCACAAUACCAAUCUGUUUUCUAUUGAAUUAAAUAUUGCGUGGCAAUCAAAGUCCAA